GUUUUGUUCAAUUGCCAUUGAGCAGCCUCGGCCAUAGGCGCAGGGGAGGCGGCCCGGUCGGGCGCAGAAAACCAGACAUGAUACACUGACAGCAUUGGGAAUAAACCUUGGCAAUAAGAUGGAAGCAUAAAUCUCAAGACUUGAAGCCAAACCAGAAAAAAUGGCUCAUGAGUACUGAAACUGAAGACUGAAGCACCUCCAACACUUCUGUGUGAGCAGUGGAAAAGGAGCAACUACCAUGGUAACACUAAUAACAGAAAAGCUGCAGAACCAGAGCUUGGAUGAUCUGACCUGUAAAACCUACAAUAUCAAUCUGUACUCAUCUGAGAAGCUGAACAAAAGUGGCAGCUUGUUCCCUUUCGAAAUCAACGAAGAGAGUCCUUGGAAAGCUUUAAAUGGGGGUUGCCCAAUCCAGACCGACACAAGGAGUUCAGCCUACCCUUUCCCGGUGUGCUCGUUCAGCACCGGCACGGCCAGCAAUGGCGCUCUGCAGUGGCAGCAGGACCCUUCCAGCGCCUCGAUGGUGUCGGGAUGGAUAAGCGAACUCAACCUGAACGAGAACUCGGGCCAGCCCUUGGCCCCUCCGACCAAACGUCACUGCAGGUCCCUGUCGGAGCCCGACGAGCUGGCCCGCUGCCGCUCCCCAUGGAAGCCCGGCAGCUCCAAGGUCUGGACUCCCGUGUCAAAGAGGCGCUGCAACAGCGGCGGCAGCGCCACCCUGCAGCGCUGCAACAGCCACGGCAGCGCCACCCUGCAGAGAAGCACAAGCAUCAGCCUGCCGCAGAACAUCCUCUCGCUCAACAACGUCUUCACCGUCACCAGCUUCAACACCUCGCCGGUCCCCAGGCCUUCCUCCGCCAGCAGCGGCUUCGUGGACAGCAGCGAGGGCAGCACCAGCUCCAGCACCCGCUGGAACUCUGGAGGCCCUUGUGACUUUAACCCGAGGCGCCGCCUCUCCCUGUCCCAGGAGCACAUCACGGAGACCGGGAACCUCUUGCCUUCAGCCAGCAGCACUCCCACCUCCACGCCCGAGCUGAGCCGGCGGCAGGGGCUGCUGCGGUGCCGCUCCCAGCCCUGCGUGCUCAACGAGAAGAAGAGCCGGCUAAAGCGCCGGCGGGAGGAGGACGUGCGGUGGAACAGGCCCUCCUUGGACUUUUUUAAAAUGACACGGACUUUAAAAAAUUCCAAAAGUCUCUGCUCCCUUGACUACGAAGAUGAGGACGACGACACGCAGAUGAAGACCAUCGUCUCCUCCCCCUGUGACUCAAACGACCUCAUGAGCAUCAUCACGCCGGGCUCCAGCCCCGUGAAAGAGCAGCUGGAUGAGGUCAGGCACCGCGGCUCCUGCCAAGGGAGCUUCCAGGCGAGGGAUUACAAGCAAGCAGCUGCAGUCUGUGAGAGUGACGAGGACACGAGUGAUUGUGAGAGCACUGAGGAAGGCAUCUUCCCUCUAGACUGUGGGGACUUGGACCUAGAGCAGAUCGAAAACAACUGAGGCUCCAAGAGAGUUCGGUGUGCUAGAAGCAGAGUCAUGCUAAAGUCAACUGCUAGAGGAUUACCUUUGCCAUGCAUAAUCCAUGUCCCUGACUCUUGCCUGGUUUGGGGGCCUCUCUUACAGGUGUUUCAGG